UUCAUGAAGACUUAGCUGAUUUUUUAAUAAUUAAUAAGUUUUUUCUGCCAAUGAGUAUUAGAUUACUGCUGACUUUUUAGUGCCAUAGUACCUUGUGGUAGUUUCUCUACAGGGUUUAAAGGUGUAUCCCAGGGUUUUUUUUUGUUUGUUUGUUUUCUUUUCUGUCCUGCUCAUAGGAAAUAAUCUUUACAACAUGCCAUAAGGAGAAUACCUCUAGAGAUUCUUGCAUGUCAUUAAUAUGUUAUAAAGAUCGGUCAGUUCCAUUGUCUUUUGUCAAUCUUGAUCGGAGCUUGCCGAGUAAGUCUAUAAGCCUGCAUGUGCCUGGCAACUGUUACCUAGUGACAGUUUCAGCUGCAGUAGCCAUUGACUGUGCUGUUGAUUGGGGCAGGAGGACCGAGUCACCUUUCUGAUGGUGAGUUCUUCUGCAUCAGCUCAGGAUGAGGAGGAGGAGCAGGGCUUCGGCUCAGGUGGAGGCAGUGAUACUGAGAGAUUGUUAAGAAUAUACCGACAGCAUCUUGGUAACUGCAUCACAGUAAAUCGGACUUCUGAAUCAAGCAGCCCAGCCUAGCAGCUGAUAAGAGUGACUGUAGGUGAGAAGCAUUGUUUUAUUCCUGUAACAAGAGAACUAUUUUGUGAUAAGUGAAACUAGGAAUGUACAAGGAGGAAUAUCCUGUGGCUGUUAUGAAAGAAAAAGGACUUCUCUGCAUGACUUGGUGGUGCACAAGAAAAUAACUUUCAGAAGAAUGCUUUCUGUUAAGCUGCUGCAUUGUUCCUGAAGGAAAUGUUUUUAUUUCUAAUGCAUGUUACUUCUUCAAAAGGUAUGACAACAAAGACUAACAAGAGACUCUCUGAAAUGCCUAUACUUUAAAAAAGACUUUUGACAAAUGUUAACCUGAUAUCAGAAUGACCUUGGAAGCCUUUUGGAUGGAUUCUAUCCUGUCAGCCUUUCAGUAUUUCAGACUAUAAGAUUUAAACUCAUCGUGAUGCUUUAGAAGUAUUUUAAAACAGGAACAUCUUAUAACCUACCUAAAUGGCCCCUGUAUUAAUUGAGCACUUGCUCAAAAUAGAAUACAGAAAUAGAAGUGGCAUUUUCUUAACAUAUGGCUGCUAUAUAACUGAAAAUAUAACAAACAAGCUUAUUCCCCUCCCUUCUCCCCCAAAGCUGAGGUGUGUUACUGCUGCACUGAGGCUGAUGAAGAGACUUGAGUCCUCUCUGGGAUGCUCAGCUGUGACAGGAGCGCUGCCACUGUCUACCGAAGCUGAUUCUGAGACACUCAUGGGCAGAGUCUAGCAGAUGCUGGGCAGGGCACCUGCUUGCUGUAGCCAAGGCUGCAGGUUCCCUUAAUUCCAAGCCAUGAAUGAAUCCGGGUGGACUGAAUGGAGGAGCCUGAACACGAGCAGUGGCAUUUUGAAUGUGUCUGAACGUCACUCCUGCCCGCUUGGAUUUGGCCACUACAGUAUGGUGGAUGUCUGCAUCUUUGAGACAGUUGUUAUUGUCUUGCUGACGUUUCUGAUCAUUGCUGGGAACUUAACGGUCAUCUUUGUCUUUCACUGUGCUCCACUCUUACACCAUUAUACAACCAGCUAUUUCAUUCAGACGAUGGCAUAUGCUGACCUUUUCGUUGGAGUUAGCUGCUUGGUUCCUACUCUCUCACUUCUCCACUACUCUACAGGUAUUCACGAGUCACUGACUUGCCAGGUUUUUGGAUAUAUCAUCUCAGUUCUAAAAAGUGUUUCUAUGGCAUGUCUGGCUUGCAUAAGUGUGGAUCGCUAUCUUGCAAUAACCAAGCCUCUUUCCUACAAUCAACUGGUCACCCCUUGCCGUCUGAGAAUUUGCAUUAUUUUAAUCUGGAUCUACUCUUGCCUAAUUUUCUUGCCUUCCUUUUUUGGCUGGGGGAAACCUGGUUACCACGGAGACAUUUUUGAGUGGUGUGCCUCCUCUUGGCUCACCAGUGCCUAUUUUACUGGCUUUAUUGUUUGUUUACUUUAUGCUCCUGCUGCCUUUGUUGUCUGCUUUACUUACUUCCACAUUUUCAAAAUUUGCCGGCAGCACACCAAAGAGAUAAAUGACCGGAGGGCCCGAUUCCCUAGCCACGAGGUGGAUUCCUCUGGAGAGACUGGACACAGCCCCGACCGUCGCUACGCUAUGGUUUUGUUUCGGAUAACCAGUGUGUUUUACAUGCUGUGGCUCCCCUAUAUCAUUUACUUUCUUCUAGAAAGCUCCCGCGUCUUGGACAAUCCAACACUGUCCUUCCUAACAACCUGGCUUGCUAUAAGUAAUAGUUUUUGUAACUGUGUAAUAUACAGCCUUUCCAACAGUGUUUUCCGGCUAGGCCUCCGAAGACUUUCUGAGACGAUGUGCACAUCUUGUAUGUGUGUGAAGGAUCAGGAAGCACGAGACCCCAAACCUAGGAAACGGGCUAAUUCCUGCUCCAUUUGAACAGGGCUACGCAGUAAAUCAAAUGUAAUCUGACAGUGGUUUUUGGAUCGUAUUCUUAAUUCAUCUGGAAAUUUGCCACUAGAGAAAUAUUUACUUGAAUGGUUGACUAUGAGAGGAAGAGACUAAAGGUUUCUUUUUUAUAAAUCUCCCCUUUUUUCAUGGAAAAAAAUAAAGAAAAGGAUGUAUAGAGGGUAAUAUCAUAAGAUAAUAGUAGUAUGUGAGCAGUAAUAAGAAAAAUUAAGCACUAAGGAUGAAAAAGUAUCUCAGAUCUUCCACAGGGCAUGAACAAAGCCCCUGGCGUCUGUCUCUCUAUCUGACUGGACUCUCUCUGUUUCUGUCUCUCAUUCUGUCUGUCUCUGUCUCUCACUCUUUUUGUGUUUAUGGAAGUUACUUAAUAUAAACUGCCCUUAAUAGAAAAAUGCUACAUAUUAUAUAUGUAGUAAAGUAUAACCUUUUGCAUCAAAGUGUACUUUUAAACUCACUAAUCUACAUGGUCUCUCCAUGGAGGAUGCAUAGUAAGCAUGUAUUUUGUUACCUGCAACACAACCCUUUUGCUUGUGUUUUCAUAAUAUUUGCAGCACAAAAUUUCUGCUGUGAACAAAAAGAAAUGAUAUUUUUGUUUCUUCUGGGUAAAAUUAUGCUCCCUCCUCCUUCCUAACAGCCUGUUUUUUUCCUCCAUUUGUCUUCAUCUGCAUCCUUUGGUACUUUAAUCCAGAAGUGUCUUAGCUGAUGAAAGAAUCUGCUAUAUAAAACAGUCAUAAUGUUGAAUAAUUCCUUCCUUCCAACAAAGCAAUCUAUAGACUGUUUGAAAUAUUUUUAAUGGCUUUGGGAAACAUUUUUCUUGGUUCCUUUUGAAAUAGUUCAUGUGCCCAAAGUGAUGUCUUUUUUUUUUUUUUCCUAUAGUUAAGCUUUGUUUCUUUUAAGAAAAUUCACAAAUAAUUCUAAUGCUGAUGCAGAGUACCCACUCAGAAGUGAAGUGUCACUCUUAGAGCUACUUGUUGUGUCUGUGUGUCUUUUUUUUUUUCUUUUUUGAGUAAAAUAUUAACCUUUUUGUAGUAGGUCUACAGAGCUUAUUGUUGUGUCCACCAAUUUGUAUGAUAAUGCAUUUGCACAUACUAUAUUUUUUACAACAAAGAAAAAUGUAAAUUACAUUAUGUGAUCUGUGCCUAAUGUUUUCUUAGCACAAUAUAUAGAUCAAUAUUUCUUAAGUCAUCAACGUUGGAAAAAAAUAUACAAAAAAUUCUUUUAAGAGAAAAAUACUUUUGUGUAGUUGUAUUUAGAUAUUUAUAUUAGGCCAACCUGCAUUCUUAGUGCUGCUGAAAAUACAAUAUACUUAAUUAUCAAAUACAGCUAAGAACUGUCAGUAUCUUCUUUUGUAAUGAUCUGUUUUCAUAUCCAGAGGUUAAUUUAUUUUUUAGUGUGCUACACGGAAUUGUGUAAUAAAUUUUCAGGGGUUUAGAUGUAGCAAAAUGGCAUUUGGGAAAUUAGCAGUGGAAUCAGGAGUAAGUGCUAAAACAUCUAAAUCUUACUUUUUUUUUUAACCAUAAGUUUCCUGCCUGGCAGAUAUUUUAAAAUUUAUAUGAAACUACUGGGUAUUUUUCUUCUCAGCAUUUUUGAUUUCUUUGUUUUAUGAAAUGCAUUUAGUGAAAUGUGCCUAUGACUCUUCUAAUUGGAAGCCGACCAUGUUUGCACACUGGUGGUUUGACUUCAGAGGUCCUUUGGUAAAAGAAAUGUCAUCAUUUUAUUGAGAUUGUUCCAAACCCUUGUAUAUUUUUAGACAUGUAAGAAAGGUUUAAAAUAAAGAAUAAAACAGUAUUCUA